AUGCCCGACUCAGGCACGGCGGUAUCCCUCACUUCGACAGGCGGGUCGGCGCUAUCUGAUUCGUCAGAGGUCCUGCCUCGGCCCAGCCCUAGCGGUUCCGUCGUCGAUCCGGCAAUCAAGGGCGUACCGCAAGGAUGGGACGAGGAUCCCUCUAUCCAAGUCAAGGUCAUCCCGACCAUACUUGACGCUGCUCCCUCCACGCUCAAAGUAACUGCAGGAGAAGGGCGAAGGGAGUCAGGCUGGCCAGAAGCUCGACCGGGACUGCUUUCGCGUCCGAGCGUCCCGCGCCCUUCGCACGAGUACGCUCGUACCGCAGCCUUGACAUCCACUUCGGCGUCCGCUGUACCCGCUCGGCUGGGCAUCUCCGUAUCCGUCCCGUCGCAACCAGGCCCCUCCACGCUCGCGAGCACCCUGGUAAGCGAUGAAGACUUCAACGACCUCUUCACCCCGUCCUCGACAUCCAAGCUCACCUUCCCCCUCUCUCCUACUUUCUCCACGGUCGAUCACUCCCGCCCACCCAUAUCGCACCGCUCCGCCUCUACACCGCUCUCUGGUCUGCCACGGGCAUCCAAGGAGGAUGCACGCAGUAUGACAUCCACCCAAUCGUCCACAUCGACCCGGAAUCGCGAGCGCGUAAUGGGUCGCUCGGACCCAUUGUCCCCGACCCGUCCGACCCUCACGACAAAUGCAAGCCGCCUGUUUGCUGCGCCAGACGUACAUGAUGUGCUGCCGUUCGCAUCCUCUCGUCUCGGCUCGGCGUGGGAUCUACCUCGACAUGCUGGAGAAGGACAGGUGGGGAAGAAUGUCUCUCCCGUAAAGAGCAUGCCACGGUCUGAGGAGGAGGAGGUCGUCACAGUGGAGGGGUGGAAAGACCGUCCCAGGCCUGCAAGCGGGACAGGCCAGAAGCGAGUCUGGGUGGGCGCGGACGGACAGGAAGUGCCAAGUGUGUACAGAGUGGGAUGGGAGAAGGAGGUGAUGGAUGUAGAAGCAAGGCUACACGAGUCGAUGUACGACCUAGCAGGCGAACGACACAGCUUCAUCUCCGUCAAAGAGGGCAAAGCACCAAAGACUGUCCUCGAUAUCGGAACAGGUCUGGGUCUAUGGCCUGUCUCUCAAGCACUGCUCUGGCGAGGAACGCAAUUCGUCGGACUCGAUAUCGUACCUUGUCAGAUGGACCUCGGGGCUCUAGUCAAGGCUGAGAAAAUCGCAAGAUCUUCCUCGGCCGGUAUGCCGCCCGAAGAGGGGCUAUGGGAAGGGGUGGAAAAGCGGAUUACAUGGGAUCGAGCCAACUUCCUGACCACUCUACCGUACGAUACCGGCGCCUUCGACAUGGUCCAUCUCCGCUUCCUCUCCCUUGGCCUACCCGAAUCCGCCUGGCCUCAACUGCUAGACGAAGCCCUUCGUGUGCUUUCUCCAGGCGGCCACCUCGAAAUCGUCGAUAUGAGCAUCACGCUCCCCUCUUCCGCUCCUGCGAGUCUACAGCGCUCUUUCGCCUCCAUGCUCCUCGCGGAAAUGAUCAAUCCCGACCCGUCCCUUCCUGUUCAGUUCGCACUGCCGAUGCUUGAUGGACUCAAGAGUGGCAUGGGGCGGCCGGUAUUUGAUGCGAUGGGGGAUGGGGUGUGCCAAGAGGCGGUGUGGGUCUGGGUGAGCAGUGCGUUGGAGUAUAAAGGUACGGCAGCGGCGGCUGUGGGGUCUGGAACGGGCGUGGCCGGGAGGGAUAGGGGGAUGGUGAGUAGGAUUAAAGGGGCUUUGACGGGGUGGGAAAGCGGACGAUGGGGGUGGGAAGGGGAUGCAGGGGCGACACUGCUUGGAGGGGAUGUGAGUGUAGACAACGAGCGGCAAGGGGAUGAGGGGCCGAAAGUCUGGGCAUGGGUCGGGAGGAAGAGGGGCACGCUCUCGGAGGUGACAUCUGGGCAGAAGAGGAAUGGGGGUCAUCUAGCUUGUACAUGA